UUACAUGAGGGUCAUACCGGAGACCUGGUCCAUUCUAGCGGCAACGGGUUCUAUCUUUCGCACGAAAAGAGGAUUCCCCUCCUUUCGCUCGAAUCCACCGCUGGAUCAUCCACUGGUCGCACUGAGAUCUGUGCAGGAGGAUGAAUGAUGGACUGCGGACAGUUUUGAGAUUUGCGCGGAUGGAGACCAACGGCGGAUACUCUCGAAGGAAGGAAAAUCCUUCUUUCUCGCGAAAGAUACAACCCUCUCCCAUUCUGAAAAUGCCUGCUGCGACAAAACAGCUGAUCCACCUGAGCCUUUCCCCCACCUAUCGCCCGAAGAAACCUCACUCUUUUCUAAUUGCCGUCACCUUCCGCUCCCCCGUCAACCUCACUCUCCUAACUCAUUGACUCCUCUCUCCCAGAGAAUUAAUGAAAGCAAACCCAAAGAGAGGUGGAGGGGAAAGAGUGAAGUUUUCCCUUCUUCUCCUCCUCCUCCUCCUCCUUGUUCUUCUUCUCCCAUGGCUCUCCACCACCCUCGGAUCCUCUUUCCGGUGCCCAACGCCACGCUUUGCAUCACCAAUUGCGACGAACCAUGUCAAUUCUACAGCAUGUGCUCUCCUCCUCCUACUUACUCUUCUCUCCCCUUCAACUCCACCCCCGACGCCACCACCAUCCAGUUCCACCACGGCUCCACCCUCCUCCCAAACCUCCUCAUCGCCGCCGCCGCCCUCGUCGCCGCCUCCUUCAUCCUCCUCGCCGUCUUCUACGCCCUCCUUCGCUUCCGCGGCCGCCGCCGCCGCCUCGCCGCCGCCGCAGCCGCCGCCGGCGGUGGCGGCGAGGAUGACCUCUUCGUGAUGGGAGAGCCGGCCGACGUCCACCACGUGUGGUACGUCCGCACCGUCGGCCUUGACGAGCCCACCAUCCAGUCCAUCGCCGCCUGGGCCUACAAGCCCGGCGACGGCCUCCUCGGCGCCGCCGACGACGGCUGCCCCGUCUGCCUCGCUGACUUUCGCGAGGGCGAGCUCCUCCGCCUCCUCCCCAAGUGCGGCCACGCCUUUCACCUCCCUUGCAUCGAUACCUGGCUCCGAUCCCACCUCAACUGCCCCCUCUGCCGCGCCCCUAUCGUCGCCCUGCCCCACGCCGCCGCCAGCGAUCCGGUGGAACCCAAUACAGGCUCCUCUGCUCUCGAGGAGGAUUCCCAAAUGGCCGUCCGGCCACAGGAGGCUGAUCGUGGGGGACCCGAAGUGGAAACAGAGCGUGGAAUCGCGGAAACUGGAGGUGCAAUCGACCCAAUAGCAGCACCUUCUUCUCCGCCACCAAGUUCUCAGCUUCGGGCGCCGAGUGAUCUGGGGGAAGACGGGUUGCAGCAGGUUUGCCGGUCGGUCUCCAUGGGCUCAUCCUCCCUUGGUGUUCUCCUUCUCAAGAGAGAUCCACAGGAAGGACCCGGCGAGGAGAGGAAAGAUCCUGACUUGGAAGAAGAAAGCACUCCUAAGAACAGGGGAAAGCAGGGGCAUGCUUCAAAGGGAGCUGCUCAGCAGAAGGAUCCUCAGGAAAUGGAAGGGUCUCUAUCUAGCAGCAGUGGGAGGUUCUUGUUGACGAGACAUGGACGAGGCCAGAGUGCAGUACUUCCAUUGUGACAUGGAACACAGUUUUCUCUUCUGCUAGUUUAUGCUACAACGAUAUCCUCUCAAGUUCCUGCGAUAUAGAAUUUUGAUAAUAUGGUGUGUUCUCGGCAAGAUGGGAGCUGCCUGUCUCUGUUGAUACAAUUAUGUACAGACUGGAAAGGUAAAAGAGAAAUAUUGCCUGUGUCGGAUGCUGU